CCCAGUUGAACUUGAGAAUAACUCCAAAGCCAGUUUCGUGUAUAAACAAACAUUAAUGAAAUAAAUUUUUCAAUGUGAGAUAUUAUCAGAAUGGCAGUACUGUUGUUCAUCAUGUUGUUCCUGCUGCUUGCGUUUUACUUCUAUGUAAAAUGGCUGUACUCUUACUGGACAAGAAAAGGUGUAUUUCAAUUAGAACCUAAGUUUCUCAUGGGUAACCUGUCCGAAGUAUUCACCUAUAAAAAAUCUUGGGGACUAGUCGUAGCGGACAUAUACAAAGAAUUCAAGCGUCGAAACGUUAAACAUGGCGGAUUCUACAUCAUCCUGAAUGCGGUAUACAUGCCUCUAGAUCCGAAUGUCAUACGGAACAUAUUAUUGAAAGAUUUCAAUCAUUUUAUGAACCACGGAUCGUACGUAAACGAAGAGGCGGAUCCCUUGACCGGACACUUGUUCAACUUGGAAGACGACAAGUGGAGAACUCUAAGAACCAAACUGACUCCUACUUUCACCUCUGGCAAAAUGAAAAUGAUGUUUCAAACUUUCGUCAUCUGCACCAAACGCUUGGAGGAGGCUAUCAACAAUCGCGUAGCUCGCAAGGAACCUACUGAUUUAAAAGAGAUUCUUGCCAGUUUUACAACGGAUAUAAUAGGGAACUGCGCCUUCGGAAUCGAGUGCAACUCUCUUCGAGAUCCCGAAUGCGACUUUAGGCAAUAUGGUAGAAAAAUAGCCGAAAGGACGCUUCAAGAAACUGUGACUUUCAUUCUAUAUCAGAUGUUGCCUAGAGUAAUUGUUGAUAUAUUAGGACUCAAGACGACGAGUAGUGAGGUGGAAAAAUUCUUCCUAGGAGUCGUUAAAGAGACGGUAGACUAUCGAGAGAAGAACAACGUGUUCAGGAAAGACUUUAUGCACCUCCUGCUUCAACUUAAGAAUCAGGGCGUGGUUACCGAUGACGAAACCAUCACUAGAGGUGAAAAUAGAGGACAAUCCACCCUUACGUUUAACGAACUGGCUGCGCAGUGCUUUGUUUUCUUUUUGGCGGGCUACGAAACGUCCUCAACAGCCAUGUCUUUCGCAUUAUUUGAAUUGGCUUUAAAUCCGAGCGUCCAAGACAAACUUAGGAAGGAAAUCAAUGACGUUCUGGAGAGACAUAACGGCCAGUUUACCUACGAAGCUGUGAUGGAGAUGUCUUAUUUAGAUAAAGUCAUUUUGGAAACAUUAAGGAAGUAUCCGGCCCUUCCAGUGAUAAUUCGUGCGUGUAACAAGACUUAUAAAAUCCCUGGAACUGAUUUCGAAAUCGAAAAGGGGACUCUAGUCAAUAUACCCAUAGUGGGCGUUCAUAUGGAUGAAGAGUAUUAUCCAGAACCCGAAAAGUUUGACCCUGAACGAUUCAGCGAGGAAAACAAAUCUAAAAGACCCAACUUUACGUACUUGCCCUUUGGAGAAGGUCCCAGGAUGUGUAUAGGCAUGCGGUUUGGGUUACUCCAGAGCAAGGUUGGAUUAGCAACAAUUAUUCGCAGAUUUAAAAUUGCCUUAAACGAUAAGACGAUAACACCGAUUCAAAUGGACCCAUCAGUAUUUUUCCUCAGUGCGAAGGGAAAACUAUGGUUCGAUGUAAAAAGCGUUUGAUGUUUGUGACAUCAUGUAAAGAUGUAAAGAUGUUAUACUAUAUUACAAAAUCUCUUCCAAAUAUAAUUAGACGAAUACGA